AUGGGCUCGCCCACCUGCGCCGCCGCGUCCGAGCCCCAGCUGGUGCUGCAGGCGGCGGGGGCUCUACAGGCGCAGAACUUGGAGGCGCCGGGCGGCGGCCUGGGCCCGAGUGCAGGUGCUGCUGGGCGGGCGGACGCGCCUGGCCUUCGCGGCGGCUGCAGCGAGGCGCUUGCCUUGUACCAGCUGGCGUCCCGCCACCAGAGCCGGCGGCGCGAAGCAAGUCUGGAGAAGCUGGUGGAGUGCAUGGCGCAGGGCGUCCGGAUCAAAGAGGGGCUGCCCGCCGCCGGACACCCCGCGGCACCCCGCGAGUGGGACGUUUUCAGGUGCCGCAAGUGCCAGGGCUUCCUCUUCGAGCCCGUUUCCUUGCCUUGCGGACACACGUUCUGCAAAAAGUGCCUGGAGAGGGACCGGGCGCCCCAGUCCCGCUGCGUCCUGUGCAAGGAGGCGGGCGGCGCGGCGGCCGGGCAGCUCCUGCGGGUCAAUGUCAUCCUCAGCAACCUGCUGGCCAAGUGGUUCCCCUGCCAAGUGAAGGCUUCGCAGCUCCGGCACGAAGGGAACCUCCUCUACAAGGAGAAGAAGCUCCAAGCCGCCCUGCAGAAGUACAACGAAGCGGUCAGCCUAGCUCCAAAUGACCACUUACUAUAUAGCAACCGGUCCCAGAUUAACUCCACUUUGAAAGCUUGUGAAGAUGCAUUGCACGAUGCAGAAACAGCGUGCAGGCUCCAGCCAUACUGGUUGAAAGGUCACCUGAGGAAAGGACAGGCAUUAGCUAAUCUGGGGAAAACAGAAGAAGCUUUAAGAGAGUUUCUAUUCUGCCUUGCUCUAGAUACUGGGAACAAGACAGCCAAGUCUGAGGCACAAAAGCUUCUACUUAGUUUGUUUUCACUCAUCCCGGGAAAUGCUCAGGAACACUUACCCGAUAUCCUGCAGCUGUUGUCACAUCACUCUAGAUUAAAGGGGAAUCUCCUAAAUUCAGUGGGAUCUGGAGGCACCAGCCAUAACCUACAAAGGUUGCUCAAGGUAAAUGUGGAACAGAAAAAGGGUUUUUCCAUUCAAGAGGAACCAAAUGUAACUACUUCCGGUAGUUUGAGGAAAUCGAUGCAAAUUACAGAGAGCAAAAAGGACUGCUCGGAGGAGGAGAACAAAUUCACCUCCAUGCCAGAGUCUACUUUACUCAUUUCUGAGAAAUGCAGCCUCCUGAAAAGGAAGUGCUGCUCGGAAGAGUUGCGAAACGCUGAGGUACCCUGCAAACUGAUGAAGAAAGAUACAGUUGAUACUAAGGAAAAUAGUACUGGACAACAUAUUCCAUUUGAAGUUGUGGAUCCAUCAGAUUUGGACUGCUCCCUGUGUAUGAGGCUCUUCUAUGAACCUGUCACUACACCUUGUGGACACACCUUCUGUCUCAAAUGUCUGGAGAGGUGUCUGGAUCACAACCCAAAAUGUCCCCUGUGCAAGGAAGGGCUCUCAGAGUGCUUGGCUAUGAGGAAAUAUUGUAAAACAGUGCUAAUGGAGGAGUUAAUAGCCAGAUAUCUUCCAGAGGAACUCACUGAAAGAAGAAAGAUUUAUGAAGAGGAAAUAGCAGAGCUUUCCAACCUAAAUAAGAAUGUUCCCAUAUUUGUCUGCACAAUGGCUUAUCCUACAGUCCCAUGUCCUUUGCACAUCUUUGAGCCAUGUUAUCGCCUGAUGAUUCGGAGGUGCAUGGAGACUGGCACCAAACAGUUUGGGAUGUGCAUCAGCGACCCUGUAAAGGGGUUUGCAGAUUAUGGCUGCAUUCUGGAGAUAAGAAAUGUUGAAUUCUUUGCUGAUGGUCGCUCUGUUGUAGACAGCAUUGGCAAGAGGAGAUUUAAGGUGAUCCAGCACAGCCAGCGUGAUGGAUAUAACACAGCAGAUAUUGAGUACAUUGAGGAUCAAAAGGUGCAAGGACAAGAAUAUGCUGCAUUACUUGUUCUCCAUGAUUCUGUCUAUGAUCAGGCAUAUAUGUGGUUUAACUCCCUCAAGCAAGCACUCAAAAGUCGAAUUCUCAGUCAUUUUGGUCCAAUGCCAGCUAAGGAUCCUGACCCACAGGCUAACCCUAAUGGGCCAGCCUGGUGCUGGUGGGUCCUGGCUGUCCUUCCACUUGAGAACAGAGCUCAGCUCCCGUUCCUUGCCAUGAAAUCCCUCAAAGACCGCUUGAAUGGCAUCAGACGUGUCCUUACGUUCAUGUCUCGUACGAGAUCACGGUGAUGAACGGAGGAUAACUUGAAGUUGAAUUUGUAUCUGAACUCUUUCUUGCAAAAAUGGACAAUGGCUACAAAGUGCGAAGAAAGAGCCACAAUAUAUGAAAAGUGGCUCAUCCUAGAGAAAACUGGAAGUACUGGUGUCAUUUCAUUGUAGGUUAAUACACAGACUUUUUUUUUUUUUUAAUCAACUCUUGUUGCUGUUAAGAUGAGUUUUAUUUCUUUUAAUUGUUUGGUGGGAUUUGGCUUUGGAGUGUGUGUAUGGGACGGGGAGGGGGGAGUUAUUUUGACCUGUAGGACUCAGAGGGCAGUUUGUGUCACAUAAGAAGGAAUAUGUUGUAAUAAAUGCUAUUUAUUUCACCCCAA